AUGUCGCGCGCGGCCUGCUCACGCUCGGGAUCUGGAGGGGCACCCUCACCACGGACCCCGGCUACAGCUGGGUCGGACCAGGUGCACCUACUCGGCCACUCCGCGGGCGGCUGGCUCGGCCGCGCCUUCAUCGGCCGCGCCCCCGGCAGCGCCCUCAACAAGGAGGCCGCUGCGGCCGCCGCCGCCGCCGCGGCCGCCGCCGCCGCGGACGUGCCGCUGGGCCCGCACCCCGCCGUCGCGUCCCUGACGACCCUCGGCACGCCCCACCGGCCGGCGUCCAAGGGCGGCGCGCGCGACAUGACGGGCGGCGCGCUGGGGUGGGUGGACGCGCAGUGGCCGGGGGCGGCGUUCGGGGCGGAGGGCGUCAAGUAUGUCGCAGUAGCAGGACGUGCCGUCAAGGGCUGUGCGCAGGCGGCGCGCUCCAAGGCGCGCACGAUCAAUGGCUACGCGCACGAGGCCUACACGCAGGUGUCUGGCGAGGGCGACGGCGUAUGGGGCGACGCCGUCGUGCCCACGUCCGCGGCCGUCCUGGAGGGCGCCAGCAACAUCGUGCUGGACGGUGUCAGGCACAGCAUGGCGCGCAUGGGCAGCUUUGAUGAGCGGGCAGGGGACGACCACGUGUGGUACGGCAGCGCCCAGGCGUGA